AUGGGUUCGAAACCCAUUGCCGUUAAUCUUCAAGCUCCAUAUUUGCAGCCCAAAACGACGUCGCAUAAAGAGUCCAUUUCUCCGACUCGAAGAAUCAUUGUACCCUUUGAUUCUGUAUCAGUCGUGGAUGCUCUGUCCUCUUGUACGGCAUCAGGGGACGUAAAGCUCGGAUCUUGCUUGCACGUCAAGGUUCUCAAGUCUGAUCUCAACAGCAAUGUCUUCGUCAACAAUGCUCUACUCGAUAUGUAUGCGAAGACUGGAUUCGUGGAGAAUGCCCGGAAGGUGUUCGAUCUAAUGCCUAAAAGGACUGUGGUUUCAUGGACUUCGAUGAUUUCGGGGUAUUCCCGUAAUGGGUUGGAUCAGGAUGCGCUAUUGAGUUUCUUGGAGAUGUUGGAGAAUGAGGUAAGUCCCAAUGAGUUCACUCUGGCUGCAGUUUUACAGGCUUGCUCGAGGGCAAGUGAUUGUGAACUCGCCCGUGUUGCCCAUGGCUAUGUAAUGAAAAGCGGGUUUAUGUCGGAUGAGUUCCUGCAGAAUUCUCUGGUGGGUGUGUAUGCAAAAUGUGGAUUAGUGGAUUCUGCUUUGAAGAUUCUUCGGGCUUUUGGUCUGAAGAAUGUCGUGGCUUGGAGUUCUGUGGUGUCGGGUUGUGUUUUGAAUGGAAUCGUUGAGGAUGCAAUACGCCUGUUCUUCAUGAUGAAGCGUGAAGGGAUUGAACCGAAUGAGGUGACCCUUCUAAGCAUAUUACACGCUUGUUCUUUGCUCAGACAGGAGAUGGUUUUCUGUUGGGCUCAUGGUUUGGUUCUGAAACUCGGGUUUUAUGGCAACAAUCUGGUGAUGAAUUCUCUGGUCGAGAUGUAUUUGGUAAAUGGGUGUUUUAACGAAGCCCUAGAGGUUUUUUGCGAGUUCGGGUUUGGUGGCAGUGGAAAGUACCUUGCUCCAGAGACCAUGGCGAGUCUUCUGCAAGGUUGUUCCAACUCGGCUUCUGCAAAUUUGGGAAAAUCGCUUCACGGAUACCUGGAAAAGCAUGGGGUUUUCCCUUGUGUUAUCAUAGAGAAUUCUCUAAUAGACAUGUAUGGAGAGAAUGGGCAAUGUGACUCUGCAAUGCAAAUCUUCUCAAGGAUGAAUAACAAAGACAGGGUUUCCUGGAACAGCAUGGCUUCAUGUUUCGUGAAGAAUGGUAGAUUCCACGAAACCCUAAAACUUCUCAAGGAAACUCGUAGAGGUGAAAAUAGCGACUACCCUGAUUUUAUAAUGAUGUUAAUGGCAGUUCAAGCCUGCUCCAACUUGGCAUCAUUACAGCUCGGAGAAGCUGUCCAUGGCUACAUGACUAGCCUAGGCAUGGUAAACGAUCUGUUUAUCCAAAAUGCACUUAUAGACAUGUAUGGCAGAAUAGGGAGAUUGGAUUUAGCUGAGAAAGUUUUCGGCGAGAUACCUCUAAAGGACAUUGGGUCUUACAAUUCACUGAUUGCAGCUUAUGGACACAAUGGUAAUAUUUCUGGAGCUCUCAAUCUUUUCACAGAACUCAAAGAGUCAGAUACCUGCAACCCAAAUGCGAUAACCUUCACCAGUAUCCUUUCUGCUUGCUCUCAUGCCGGAAUGAUCAGAGAAGGGUUUGAGAUCUUUGGUUCUAUGCAGAAGAACUAUAACAUCGAGCCGGGCAUGGAACAUUAUGCAUGCAUGGUUGAUCUUUUGGGAAGAUCCGGGCGACUUGAGGAAGCAGAAGCUUUCAUCCAAACCCUACCGAUGAAACCAAGCAAAGACAUAUGGGGUGCCCUGUUGGGUGCUUCCGGGAUUUCGGGCAAUGCAGAGACAGCUGAAAAGGCGGCGAGAGAGCUUGCGGUUCUGGAACCAUACAGCAGAACAUGGAGAGUGGCAUUAUCAAAUGCAUAUGCAAAUGCAGGCAGAUGGGAAGAUGUAGCAAAAGUCAGAGUUCAGAUAAAAGGGCUAGAGAGCAUUGGAAGAGAAGGUGGAUGGAGUAGAGUAGAAUUGGCAGGGGAAUAUUUCGGGUUUAUGGUAAAUGAUACAAGGCAUCCAGAGAGUGAAAUGAUAUAUACGAUCCUAAAUACAAUGAAAGAGCACACCAAGUAUGAAUACAAUCACCAGGCAUAUGCAUUUGAUUAG